UUGCACGUUUGCCGCCAUUUUGCCACAGCAACCGCCAGCCGCCAGAGACAGCCACGCUAAGCCUCCACCCGGCGCUAGGACAGAAGGCGUGAAGAGAGGAGAUCCGAGGGUGGGUAUCCACGGAAGAAGAGAACAAGGCGGCAGCAGGCGGGCAGGAGCUCAUCACAAAGUAUCGCCAUGAUUUUUUCGGUUGGGAAGCCCUUACUAGCCGGCGGCAGGCUACUGAGGGCGGCCAGCCUUUUCCUCGUCGUCGCCGCUGCCGCGCUUCGCAUCAGCGGCGGCGAGGCGACAACUACCACCACCACCGCUAACAACGCCGCCGCCGACAAGAAGGCGCAAACGUCCCGCAGGCUGGAACCAGACGUGGGGGUAGCGGCAGACGACGGGGGGGGGGGGGGGNGGGGGGGGGGGGGGGGGGGGGGGGGGGGGGGGGGGGGGGGGGGGGGGGGGGGGGGGGGGGGGGGGGGGGGGGGGCGAGCGGCAGUGCUGGGUGUUCAACCACAUGAACAAGGCCGGGGGCUCCACCGUGAAGUACAUGCUGGGGCCGUGGACUAUGGCGCAGAACGUUACCGUAGGCCUCUACGACUCCCCCCAGUGGCUGGAGGGGAAGGAGUUCGCGCAGGACUUCCUGGGGGACGAUAACUCGCUCAUGUGGGGCGCUUACACGGAGGGGCUCAGACCUUUCGGGGGCCUGGGGCUGCGGGAGUGCAAGUGGUUCACCAUCUUCCGUCACCCCAUACCCCGCCUCGUGAGCGCGUAUUUCUACUGCAAGAAGAAGCCCCAGGAUGGUCUCUGCGCGACGGCCGCCCUCGAUGCCAACGCCGACGACACCGACCUCUACACCUUCGCGGAACACUGGGGGGACUUCGGCCUUAGGCAGUUCGCGCUCGCCUUCGUGCUGCCGGAAGAGAUGUUGGCCAACAAGGUGAAGUACGACCCCACCGGAAUCUGCACGCCGUACCGCGGAAAGAGGAGCUGCCCUGGAUGGUACGAGCUCAAGCUCUACCUGCAGCAGCAGCUGGACGAGAAGGAACACGAGGAGUCGCGCGGGUGGGACUGGUUCGGCGCCGCGGCCAACGGCGCGGCCACCAUCAGCCACCUGCUCCAGCCCGUGCAAGAGCUCCUGGUUAACGAGUACGCGGCCGUGGGGGUCCUGGAGCAGUGGGAGACGAGCCUCCUGCUGUUCAACGAGGCCCUGGGGAUGCCGGGUUUCGACUGGCCGGAGGCGUUCGGCAUCAUCGGGAAGAGGAACAGCGACGGUACGUUUCAUAACGAGGAGGCCGAGAUGCUGCUGAGGUCCUGGACCGAUCCCAGACUGCGGAGGUACCUGUCGCUAGACCUGCUUCUGUACGACUAUGCGGUCAGCGUCCACAACCAGCAGGUCGACAAGCACGGGCUCGGCGAGGGGAGUUAGGCAAGCGCAAGCGCAAGCGCAAGCGCGUGCGUGCGUGGUAGGUGUACGUGUGUGUAUGUCUUUUCUUUUUGUGUGCGUGUGCGCAUGUUUUUAUAAGAAAUACCACUAUAUUUGGCAUCGACCGCGCUACAAAAUUAGAACCGUCUGGCUAAAAGAUUAAUCGCCAGUCUUUGCGCGGCUAGAAACUUUUCGAAGGCCCGUGAUCUGAGCGUCAGGCGUGUUGUGUUGUUGAGAGGUUAUUGUCGCCACGCGCGUGUGCUCAGUGAGGGCGAGGGCUCUCGGGUGGUGGUGGUGGCUGCGUGGGGAUUGAAGUGAGCUCCCCCCAGUGGGUGUUCCCACCCCCCCGGUGUUUGCCAUCCGGGUUGGGUUUUCGUCGCAUGGCAACGACGUUGUAAAACAAGCCGCCCCCCCCCCUGGUGUUUGCCAUCGGGGAUGGAUUUUCGUCGCUUGGCAACGACGUUGUAAAACAAGCCGCCCCCCCCCCUGGUGUUUGCCAUCGGGGAUGGAUUUUCGUCGCUUGGCAACGACGUUGCAACACAAGCCACCCCCUCGGUGUUUGCCAUCGGAAUUGGGUUGUCGUCGCUUGGCAACGACGUUGUAAAACACGCCAAUUCACUUCGUGAACUCGGCAACCAGGAUACCGUUUUUUUUUUUACCUCCGGUUUUUUUUUUUUUGCGGUAACCAUGACUGGUGGUCGAGUGGAUCAUGUUGUGCGGGGUCGAGAACCCUCACUCCGCGCAAGGGGGAUGAUCGCACCACGUUGUGUUAAUAUGGCCAAGCACCCUCGAGGCAGUUACACAGUGCUUACAACGGUCUCUGGAAGUGAAAUCACCAGAAAAUAUAUGAAGUCAUACGCAACUGUCAUCCGUAUGCAAGGAAGUGAGCACAAGAUGCCGAACACCCUUAGCAGGAUGCAGCGCACCCUUCAUGCGACUCGCCGAAUAUCUCACGGCGCUUCGCGCUUGGUGAUGUGAGAGCCUGGUCCGGUGAGAACCCGGCGUGCUCCGUCCCGGCUUUGUAGGGAUGCGAGGUCAAUGGUCUAACGACUACGGCAUGCACGACUAUGAGUACACCCCACCAGCGGGCGUUGAUCUAUAUGUAUUCGUAUCGGGCACGCACGCGCACUUGCGUGUGACUUUGCUUCGAGUUUUAUUCGGGUGCCUAACAAAUGGACCCGCUUCUUCCUCGUCGUUGUUGUUGUACGUACGUGUGCUGAUGCCCCGUGAUGUGGCAACGCGUGCACGGUGCUGGUGCUUUUUUGUUUUUGUCGGGUGCUGUUUGGGGGCUGUGUAUGAAUGGCGGCGUGCAGUAGUUGUGUCGUUACUUCUCGUUGCUAUGUUGUUGCAGUCCUUGCGGGGGGAGUUUCGGGAGGGUGUCGCUUUCGUGCUUGUCGUACGAGUCUGCUCCGGCUUGGGGGGGGGACUGCAUUUCGACAGCCUCUGACAAAGAGCGUCCCGAUAUAGUUAGGGGCAGGUGAACUGUAGAGCCUGGCACCAAUGGAACGUGGUGUGCAUGGUCAUGGUUUCGUGUCUGGCGUCGUGUAUUGCGGUGUAUUCGUUUGGAUGGUGUGCAAUGGGUAAUGGUUCUGUGUCGAACUGUACGUAUGCAUGAUAUGCAAGCGUAUCGAUUUUGUGUUUGUUUCCUCUUGUGGGAAGUGCAAAGUUGUGGCAGGAAUAUUAAUAGUCUACCCAACGCAGGACGCGGGGAAUCAACAGGAUGCGUUUUGCGUUUUUUUUGCUAUACUUCGCUUGGUUUCUGCAGUGAAGCCUUGAGCCCUUGUUCUCGUACCUCCAAGAAGUAGUGAGGGACUGACUUGACACGGUCGUUGGAAAAGCAAGCCACACGCCGAUUUGUUUGACGCGACCCGGCACCUUGCGUAGGAGGGGAGGCGAGGAUACGUCGUUCCUUUUUCAUUGUUAUUUUUUGGGGGGGAAUGGGUGGCUCGUUGUCCGUACGAUGGCAGGUGCGAAAAAGCUCAGAUUGCAAGGGCACACACGCUGUACACGCAGACAGAGAACUUUUUAUUUUUGCAUUUCUAUGUGGUUCGUUCUUCUAUUAUUACUAUUAUUACGUGCAUCGUAAUGUCUUCGUCGUGUGGCGGCCCACAUUCCGAGUGAUGACUCUGGAGCGACUAUUUAGGUAUGCUUUCUUUCGUAGGGACCAAGUCCGUUCCCUACCCUGCUUUGGUCUUGCCUACUUCUGCGCAUUGUCGCCCCUAUGUUGCUCAGUUGGAAACAUCGUAACCUUCUGGCUCUCUACAUCGCGGGUGCGAGUCUCUCUCCGGAGUGCCAGAGACUGCGGGUGGAAGUAAGGGCAUAGACGUGGCCAGUAAGUAUUGACAUGUUCAAUUCUCCGUUAUCUCGAAUGGGCAGUCUUUCUUUGAUUGUAAGCAUUUUCUCUAUAACGUGGAGUAAAACAAAAAACCUAGUGCAUGUUCGUUUCCCUGGCUGGUACAGUAAGCCAAAUUGAUCUGUGCCGAAACGUGCAUGCACGUAGACUGGCGCCAAGCAUAGAUGGGGGACGAAAACAUACUCACGUGGAGCAGGAGUUAUUAUUCUCUCUGAUAUUGGGGAGACCUUUCUAGGCGAGUGUGUAGUCUACCGUCGCUCGUCGUCCAAGAUUUUAGUCUCAUAAUUUUUUCCCGUAUUGUUUUUGACUGCAACCCUAUUUGGUCAGCUCAUGUGUUGCGUUUCUCCUUCAGAGUUGGGAUAUUUCUGCAUGCAUGUCGGAAU